AUGGAAAGGACAUCUAACUCUCCACCAGGGCUGCUCCGGCCACCCACUGUGAUUGGUCAAUUCCACACCCUGUUUUUUGGCUCGGUGCGUAUGUUUUUCCUGGGUGUUCUGGGAUUCGCAGUUUACGGCAAUGAAGCUCUUCACUUUAGCUGUCUACCUGACAGGAGGGAACUAAAUGUCUUCUGUUACAACCAGUUUCGCCCAAUAACACCUCAGGUGUUCUGGGCCUUACAGCUUGCAACAGUCCUUGUACCAGGGGCUGUGUUCCAUCUUUAUGCAGCAUGUAAAAACAUGGACCAGGAGGACAUUCUUGAGCACCCCAUCAACACAGUCUUUUAUAUAAUUUCUGUACUUUUACGUAUGAUCUUGGAGGUGGCAGCAUUUUGGUUGCAGAGCCAUCUCUUUGGAUUUCUGGUUCAACCCGUGUUCAUGUGUGAUGCCACCUCACUGGACAAGGCCUUUAACUUCACCAAGUGUAUGGUUCCAGAGUACUUUGAAAAGACAAUCUUCCUCAGUGCAAUGUAUGUAUUCACCAUCAUCACUGUGCUUUUGUGCAUUGCUGAGAUUUUUGAAAUUCUUCGCAGAAGAGGGACUUAUUUGGGCACCCAAUAACAACUCUAUAUUUUCUUGUAAG